GGAAGGCUAGAAGGGAGAAAAAACAUAGAGGGAGUUAGCUGUUGACAACCAUGACAGAAUCAAGUGCACAGCUCGAGCAGGUGGCCCUGGCGGAGGUGUCUGAAGAUGAGGAGGUGGCCCUGGCCCCAUCGGACGACGAGGACGAGGGCGCGGGGACAGGGGCAGAGAAGGAAGAGAAGAGCGACGCGCAGGUGAACGGGGUGAUGGUGCUGGCCCUGCUGGACAAGAUCAUCGGGGCGGUGGACCAGAUCCAGCAGACCCAGACUGGGCUGGAGGCACGGCAGCAGGACAUGGAGCGCUCAGUGACGGGCAUCCAGAGCGAGCUGACCAAGCUCUCCAAGAGCCACACCACCACCUCCAACACCGUCAACAAGAUGCUGGAGAAGGUGCGCAAGGUCAGCAUCAACGUCAAGACGGUGCGCACCAACCUGGAGAAGCAGGCUGGACAGAUCAAACGAUUGGAGAGCAACGAGAACGAGCUGCUGAAGAGGCGCAACUUCAAAGUCAUGAUCUACCAGGAUGAAGUGAAAGUGCCCUCCAGGGUGAGUGUGUCAAAGUCCAUGAAGGUUUCAGAGGCUGUGGAGGGUGAGGGAGAGCUGGAGCCAAAAGAGGAGGCUGAGGACGGCGCUGAGAAGGCCAAUGUCGAGCUCUCUUCUGAUGAGGAGGUGGUGAUCGAGGAGACCAUCGAGGAGUCACGGGCCGAGCGCAUAAAGCGCAGCAGCCUUCAGCGGGUAGACAACAUCAAGAGGGUCUUCUCAAAGGAAAAGAUGGAGAAGACUAAACAGAAGACCAAAGAGAACCUGGAAAAGACCAGGCAGAAGACCAAGGAGAACCUGGAGAAGACCAGGCAGAAGACCAAGGAGAACUUGGAGAAGACCAGGCAGAAGACCAGGGAGAACCUGGAGAAGACCCGACUAAACAUAGAGAAGAAAAUGGGCAAGCUGGGCACCCGCAUGUCUGUCAACCCUGAACGCAGGGAGAAGCUGAAGUCCUCCCGAGAUAAGAUGAAGAAGUCCUUCACCCCUGACCACACCGUCUAUGCCCGCUCCAAGACGGCCGUCUACAAGGUGCCACCCUUCACAUUCCAUGUGAAGAAGAUCCGUGAGGGUGAGGUGGAGGUGCAGGGGACCGAGAUGGUGGAGGUGGCUGGGGAGGAGGAGGAGCCGGAGGAUGCUGGGGAGGUGGCAGAGAUGCUGACGGAGGACAGCCCGGAGAUGCAGGCCCUGCUGGAGAUGGCCGAGGACUCUGAGCUGGUACUGGUGGAGCAGGACCAUGACAGGGACAGCGAUUAGUGCGACCGGGGGAAGGGGGGAAUGCAGGGUGUGGUGGUGAGGUUGGAAUCUGUGCAGGGAACAUCCGUAGCCACAGGUGAAAGAAGUGAAAUGUGACAUCACAAUAUGAACAAAGGACAGAUAUGGGUUGGGACAGGGCUCAUUUUCAUUAUCAGUUGAGUAGUUUUUGUUUUUUUAGCCAUUCAUGUUGUAACAAUUUCAACAGAGUCCUACAGGGGAGAAGAGAAAGGAAAUACACAUAUACAAUAUUGUUCUAUAUGUCCAUUUUAUAUCUUUUGUUUUUUUUUAGCUUUUUUAAGCAAACAUAUUGAAUCUUCUGGCAUUUAAUGGCAUAUUGUUCUUACACUGUCCGUCUUUCUUUCCCUCUAAAUAUGACUUAAAAUGUAAAAUUUCUUGAAAAGAGAUCUUUGAUUGGGGGUUUGAGGUCAUUUAGAAUGUUAGCUAGCUAAGUGAUAUUAGGAUGAAUAAAUAUGACAGAGGGAUUUUGGAAGGUCCUCGAGUGACCAUGCACAUGAAUAUAGCAGGUGUAAAAAUAAACAUAAAUGACAGAUAAGUGAUUUUCACUUGAUAUAAAAGACUGGGAGAAAGAUGUUACCACAGCAAUGUCCUCAACUUUGAGUUGCAUAUAAAAAACAUGUGCAAACAAAAAAGUGCAUUGUGUUCUUAUUGAGUCAACAAUAAUAACAUUGAUCAAAAUCUUAUGCUAACCUUGGUAUAUCCAGAAGUGUUCAAAAGCCGAAAUAUUGAAGAGGGACAUUUUAUAGAUAUAUGAGCUUCCCCCAAGAGUACUGAUUAUCAUAAGUCUUUCCAUGCAGUGUGUCUCAUUAAAAAACAAAAGAAAACAACCAAAUGAAUAUUGAAUAAAAUGAAUGAAGGAUCAAAGAUUAAUGAAACAAUAACAAGUGUGCAUUGAAUGUGCUUUUACUGAAAUUCAGACAUACUCUAGUCUACAGCAUAAUUUGUAAGGAGGAGAAAAGCAGACAUCUUGUUUGUGAAUUGUGAAGCCGUAAGAGUUUAGGAUUGAACACUCAACUAAUAAUUGCAUAUGAUAUCACAAAUUUGAAACAGUUCAACAUUUAAAAUCUCUCUGAAACACUGUUGUCCUCACACUUUGUUUUAACUUCAGUUCCUGAGUUAUAUACUUUGAAACGCAAAAUCGUCAGAUUUUUUGUGUUUUACUAUUAUUGUCAUUCUUUUCUUCAGAUGUUUUCAUGUCGCACUGUUUUGCUAACUUUUUCAGAAGCAUAAAUUGGAUUUGUGCUUUCUCACUUGUUUAUUGUAAAUAUACUUAUGCAUGUGCACAGUUUCAAAGCCUCACCUGUAUGCCUCGUGUUCCUACUGUUCUACUAGAGGGAGUGAAUUGAUCCAGAGUGGCUGGUUACUGUAUAUCUUUGGCAUAACUGACAUAUAUUAACUAAGGGUAUCCUGAAUGCUCAGCUUUAUAGUAAAAUACAGUGACUAUAAUUUUUUUCUGUCUUUGCGUUUAGAUUGUUUCAUUUUGCUUUUGAUGCAUUUGGAGAGAUAUCUAGCAUACUUUCAGUACAGGGCAACUGUUAGAUAAUGGGUUUAUGAAAUGCAGCACACCAGAAAAAAAACAUAAUGUUUGUGCGGUCUAAUACUGUAUCUGCUCAAACUGAAGCAAGCUGCCAAAGAUCAUGGCUGGAAUCUCCCUAAAGGUCAGGAUGGUAUUGUUUGAACUGCAUGUGUUGCUCAUUUGAAGCAACUUUAUGGUGUGGAGCCUGGCUCCAUUGUACCACGAGGGGAUACUACUGUAUAAACUAUAUGCAUGCUGAAAAACAAAAACAGCAAGGGUCUUGUCAGAGAGGGCAGUAAUGGCUUAUUCGCAUAAAUCAUUUCAGAGCAUGUUUAUAUUGGGAAACAUCUCGUUCAGCUUUCAUAUCAAGUGAGAAAGAAUGGAUGAAUCAGCUCUCCCUCCAAGUGGGUCUCUGUGCCAAAGAGGAAGUUAGUGCAUGAGAAGUUCAUAUCUUACAAGAAAAUAGCUAAAUAAAUAAAAAUAAGAGGAAAGGGGCUUACUGUUAAACUCCACUCAAACUGUUGUUUAUAAUUCAGGAGCUCCAAAAUUCCCAUUCACAAGCCUUUAUGAGAACUACACGGACCGAUAUGUUAAUGGGAUGUGAGUGAAUAAAAAGGACUGCAUUUCAUAGGGGGAAUGUGACUGGCAGAGAGACAGACAGAUUGAAGCUCUUUAAGUUUGGGGCAACAGGGGGGUUACUGGAGACAUAGAACAGAGCAGAGAGAGUCCAGGAGUGUGGGGAGGUAUCAAUGCCUCCAAAAAAAAGCAAACAGCCAAAGGUUUUGUAUAUUAGUGAAGCUAUUAAAUUGCCCAUAAAGUGCUAGCACAAAUAAUUUUGUAGCAUUUUGUAUUGUUUAUAUUUUUAUGUACACAUUUGUAUGUGUAAAAAUGAAUCACUGCAACUGUGCAAGAAAACUAAUACAGCUUCAGUUCACUUUAAUAAGAGAAAAGCACAAAUUUUUAUUAGUCAUUCUUCUUGGUAGAUGAACUGUCAAUCCCUCAUGAAAGACCUGGAAAUAUGAAAUCAUAUUGUGACUGAAUUUUCAACCUGUAUGAACCAGCCAUAUGUAAAGAUUCUUUUGAUCUGCUGACUGAAACACCUGAAAGUCAUUCAUAUCCAUUUAAAAAUGGGAAAAUUCAGGUUUUAGACAUGCAUCAAAACAGUGUUCCACUGGGGGUGACAGCAUUCAUUUUUUGUUGAGCUUAGUUGAAUACUCUUGAGCAAACAUCUAUAUUUGAUACUACCUGCACUUGAACUAACAUUGAUGUUGUAACUGCACAUAAUCUGGUCACAUUCAUUUAAGAUGACUCCCACCCACCUGUAAAGAGUGACAGGAGGGGUGUGUUCUUGUUGUGAAUGGGUGUAGCUCAUUACCUUUGUCCUGCCUGUUCAAUGCUGUUGAUUUCACAACAGUGGAAUUUUUUUUGUUUUUAUUUGUAUGCUAUCCUUUAUGGUUUAAACCAACUGUCAGUAACAGCAACAAAGAAGAAUUAGCUUUCACUUGUGAACUAUUAGAACCCUGCAGAAAAGUAAGAGAGGGUGUAAAAAUCCAUCUAUGUUCACACUGACCACUUUUUUUUUUUUUUUUUGCUUUUAGUGUAUGGAAUGUAGCCCAAUUGAUGCCAUUUGCUUUCUGUACCAUAUAAUUCCACAUUGCCUAACCACUAAUAUUUCAA